AAAAAAAAAACCACAAUCCCAAGUGACUUGCAAUGGGUGACCGGAGGCGGAUAAGGGUGACGUAUGGUGGUCGUGGCGGUGGUGGAUUCUCCGGCGAACAGAUUGAGGGUUCGGGAACUCGUCACGCAAUAUCUAGACGUUUGAACGCCUCAGUUAGGCGGGAGUCAGGCCGUUUAGGAAAUACGGUCGAACCGUUUGAUCACCAGCAGCAGUAUGGGUAUACUGGUAACUGGUCCGGGGAGCAGCAGCCAGAACGCAGCAUCCCCAUGUACUCGUCGGGUGGAGUGCCUUCACCUUCAUCUGACGAUGAGGACGACGAGGCAAGUCAGGCUUCCCGCGAUGAAGAGUAUGACCCUCGGGAUUAUCAUACGGUGCGUAGGGGUCAGACUGGGAGAUUUGUCAGCAGUAGUCAAACCAGUCAGCGUUCCACCAGCUCAACAGAGGCAUGGGUAGUGCAUGAGGCGAUGCCAGGAGGUCCUGAGGAUGGGACGGUUAUCCCUAGCUUUGGGGGGCACGUGGCUGCGUAUAUAUGGGGCGGGCAGGAGCGUAAUGUUUUGCGCUGUUUGGGCAGGACGCAGUUGUAUAUUAUAUCCCUAGAACUGUUCAACCUAAAUUACAUAAAUCUGUUCAAUCUAAUUACAUAA